ACCCACCUCCUCCUAACUAACCACAAUAUAGUAAGGUGACAAUAACCCUGCUCCAUAGUACCCAUGCAAAACCUAUCACCUGUAUACAUUUGGCAGUUGGCGCUCCUUUGAGCACAGGCCUUCCUGCCAUUUCUAUUCCCUAGCUCGCUUGUCUCUCCUCCCCUCCUCCCUUCCUUCCAUUCCUCUCUCCUUGCCAAGGAAGAGGUGCUGGGAGCACGAGAGGAUUCCUCCAAGCCCAUUGCUAGCUAGAUCCGCUGAGCUGAGAGAGAGAGAGAGAGAGAGAGAGAGAGAGGUUGCUUCGUGGACUGCAAAUUAUUUCGCAAAGAAGCGAGAAAUUCUGUACCUUUCUCCACCUCGUUGCAUGGGCAGCGGCGGCGAAGGCAGCGCUGGUGGCGCGGCCAGCGCACGGGAGCCUCAUGACUUCAGUAACGUUGCAUCCUUCUCUCAGUUGCCAUUCCUGCGCUCCGCCCCUCCCCGUGAAAGCCCCAACUCCGGUAUCCGCAUCUUCGGCAUCGACGUCCCGCAUUCAUCACCUGAGGCCAAGGCUACAGAAGCCACCGCCACUGCUACGACCGCAGCAGCUGCUGCUGCCACACAAAGCAGCAGUGGCAGUGCCAGCGCCGCUGCCCCCGACAGCAGCCGCAAGUUCGAGUGCCACUACUGCUGCAGGCACUUCCCGACGUCGCAAGCGUUAGGAGGCCACCAGAACGCGCACAAGCGCGAGCGGCAGCACGCGAAGCGGGUGCAGAUGCAGUCUGCGAUGACCGCCGCCGCCGCCGCCGCCGCAGCGGCUGGCGGCGCGCAUCCCCACCACCUCCUCGGCUACCCGCAGCACCGCUUCGGGGUGGCAGGCUCCACGGUGGCGACAUUGUACCCGUCGUGGCCCACGGUGAGGGGUCCAGGCAACGGCGGUGGCGUCUCCAUUGGUCCGCAGUUCUACAGUGGGGUUGGGUCGAUCGCUCAGCCGAUCAACGGGAGCCCCCUGACGGCCGGGCUCUGGAGGGGGCCGCCUGCUUGGCACAGGAACACGGUCAUGCCUCCGGGCGGAGAGCGGCGGUCGGUUGCGCUGUCCGUUUUCCGAGGACACGACCCGAGGGCUUCAGCUUCUUUUGUGGCGUCCUCCUCCUCAUCUUCCUCUUUGCUGCUGUCUCCUCAAGGUCAGUUUGUUUGUGAGCAGCCGGCGACCACCGCAGCUGAGGGCGUCAGCUUAGAUUUGCAUCUAUAAUUGUUUCCUCUUCCCUGCUGCUUUUGGUGGAUUACUCCAGGAACUGAUUUCCCUA